CAGUAUCUGGCGUAUAUUUACCACUACGUAAAAGAAUGGCGCAAGGAUCCAAAGUGGUCAUUUUCCUGCUGCCUGGCCUUGCUAUUGCCCCUUAAUCAACUACAAGGAGAAAUACGUGGAUUAGCUGAGAGGAACGUACUGAAUCAGCAGCUACAAACUGGUAAAAUGGAGAUGCCAUCGAUUGCUAGCACUUUAAGGGACAGUGGGGCAGUUGAUAUUACUCUUGAAGAGCACAAUGCAGAACGCGAACAAGAAGAAGAAACAGAAAACGAGUUAAGUAUGAUUGAACAGGGCGUUCUUACACUCGCUAAAGUAAGUGUUCAUGAGCUUCCAAGGGGAACUUAUGCUCUUGAAGAGCACAAUGCAGAACGCGAACAAGAAGAAGAAACAGAAAACGAGAUAAGUAUGGUUGAAAAGGGCGUUCGUACACUCGCUAACGUAAGUGUUCAUGAGCUUCCAAGGGGAACUUAUGCUCUUGAGGAGCUUAAUGCAGAACGCGAACAAGAAGAGCAAACAGAAAACGAGAUAAGUAUGAUUGAACAGGGCGUUCUUACACUCCCUAACGUAAGUGUUCAUGAGCUUCCAAGGGGAACUUAUGCCCUUGAAGAGCUCAAUGCGGAACGCGAACAAGAGGAAGAAACAGAAAACGAGAUAAGUAUGAUUGAAAAGGGCGUUCGUACACUCGCUAACGUAAGUGUUCAUGAGCUUCCAAGGGGAACUUAUGCUCUUGAAGAGCUCAAUGCGGAACGCGAACAAGAAGAAGAAACAGAAAACGAGGUAAGUAUGAUUGAAAAGGACGUUCGUACACUCGCUAACGUGAGUGUUCAUGAGCUUCCAAGGGGAACCUAUGACACCAAACUCUAA